AUGCUAACAGGGCUGGGGCGGGCGCUACGGAGCGGCUGGCCGCCGGGCAAACGGCAUCCCCCGGUCCUGCUGGGCGGCCGAGCAGCGCGGGGCAGGUGGAAUGACUGCCAACCGCACGCAGCGCCUCAGGUGCUGCUGUGGAGGUAUGGUGGAGCUUGGAGGGGCUGGGAAGGAACACCUUACAGCACACUGGUGCCAUCUGAUGUAACCGUUAAUUACAGACAUGGUCUUCCUGUGAUAACUCUCAUGCUGCCCACAAGAAGUGAACGCUGUCAGUUCACUGUGAAGCCAGCACUGACCACCGUGGGAGCAUUUCUGCAGGAUGUGCAGAGAGAAGAUAAAGGAAUUGAGAGGGCAGAGGUCUUUACAACAGAUGGUAGCAAGGUCUCUGAUGCAACUUUGAUGGAGGUCUUAUUGUUGAAUGACUUUAAACUUGUUAUCAACAACACAGCAUACAGUGUGUCACCUCCUGUAAAAGAAAAGCUGAGUAGUGAGCAUGCUACUGAAAUGGAAGAUGUCAAAUCCUUGGUGCACAGACUGUUUGUGGCUCUACAUUUAGAAGAUCACCAGAUCAGGAAAGAGAGAGAAUUGCUACAGAAACUGGACCAUCUGAAAGAAGAGCUGCUGCCUCUUGAACAGAUGAAAGCCAGAAUCAUGGACAGUGCAGAAGCCAAGACUUCUAGGCUUCUCUGGAUUGGCUUAGCUCUGAUGUCAACACAAGGGGGAGCGUUGGCCUGGCUCACCUGGUGGGUCUAUUCCUGGGACAUCAUGGAGCCAGUCACCUACUUCAUCACUUACGGGAGUGCCAUGGCUUUCUAUGCCUACUUUGUGCUUACUAAACAGGACUACAUUUACACUGAUGCCAAAGAUAGGCAGUUUCUCCACUACUUCUACCGGAAAUCCAAAACCCAGCAUUUUAAUGUGGCACGAUACAACAAGCUCAAAGAAGACCUAGCAAAGGCAGAAGAAUCCCUGAGGCGUCUGCGCCAACCUCUGCACCUGAAGCUUCCAAUCCAGGAGAUCAAUGACAAGGACUGACUUUGGUUUUGUACAUAUUACAACUGCCCUUUGAAAGCUGAUACAAACCUUUAGUUACUCUACAGAAACUGGAUAUUUUUGAC